CUCACUUCACUAAUGAAAUGGAGGGGGUGGUGGUGGUGAUAAGCUUCGCAAUGAGCUCACAGUUGUAGAAGGGGGAGGCGGAACCAUGGCCACCUGUUCUGCCAUUGCGUCGCCGUUCCACGCGCUGCACACACCAUCGCCAUCGCCAGAUUGCCUGGAGUUCUUCUUCACACGGGCUCGUUGCGCGCUCGGAGCUGAGCAUUCUGCGUCGCGGAGGCAGUUUAGCACGCUCAAGUUGCGAACCAGCCCCACUGGGCGGCUCCGCCAAAUCCGAUGCGCAGCAGCUGACGAUGAUGGGGCGUCCUCAAGUGAUGGUGGUGCGAAUUUGAGCGAUGCGGCGGAGAACGUGCCGGAGACUGGGUUGGGAAUUGGAGAUGGUGUUGAUGUGAGGUCGCGCAAGAGGAGCGGGUCUCGUGUAGCUGACUCCACUGACUGGAUCUCGUCGAGUUUGACGCGGAGGUUUGGACUCGGGGCGGGUUUGGCUUGGGUGGGUGUGCUCGCAUUUGGGGUGAUUUCGGAGCAGGUCAAGACGCGGAACGAAGUGUUUCGUGAGGAGCAGGGGACCAGAGAUAUACAAGAAUCAAUAGAAGUCACUCUUCCUAACGGGAUUCGCUACACGGAACUGCGCCAAGGAGGAGGAUCCACUCCCCAACGUGGAGACUUAGUGUUGAUCAGUCUCACCGGAAAGGUAGUGGGCACGGACGAAGUUUUUGUCGACACAACUGCGAAAGGCAAACGGUCUGUCGCAUUUCUCUUUGGAGCCAAACCUUACUCUGGCGGAAUGUGCGAUGGUUUGGAAUACGUGCUUCAAACGAUGAAAGUGGGCGCGAAGAGGCGUGUCAUCGUUCCACCAACGCUUGGAUUUGGCGAGAGAGGGACAAUUCUGAAUUCAGGAGCAAAAGUCCCAGGAAACGCGACACUCGAGUAUGUCGUGGAGCUUCAGAAAGCUUCCAUUCCUCCCUCAUAACGAGGAUCGGACUCAAGCAGCAAAACAUAAGUCCGUGUAGAUUACAGAUAAGUCCGCGGGAUGUGAUAUUUUGUCUCAUAUGGUUUUUGUAAAUCAGGAAAGUGGGAGAGUAUGUAAUUUAAAAGGCUAGCUCAGAUUCUUGCCCAUCGUUCUCGGCGUUCUGGCUGAGAUCAAGCGUUGUAUUGCAUUAGAACCAGAGUAAUGUCUUGUGCGAUGUUCACACUCCUCUAGAUUCAUAUCGCACCAGAUCAUCCGUAAAGUCGGCGCUGUAUUCACCGUC